CCUCUCUAGGGUAUGGAUUACAGCCGUUGGUGGUCCGAACCCCAGGAGCCACCGCCGCAUCACCACCCCGAGUCCCACCUCUCCAGCGCACCGCCGCCGCAGCAUGACCUUCCCCGCCCCGUCGCUUACUCCUCCUACCACUAUCUCUAUCCUAAUCCUCACCCCAACCCUUACCCUCCUAGCGAUCCUGCGACCCCAGUCAGACCUGACGCCCAUCCCAGUCACCACCGGGUCCCCGCCGAUCCCAAUGUCAGUCGCCUCUACGUAACCCGUGGUGUGCACGACGGCCUUCACCCGGCGCCCUACCCUUAUCCUGGACAAGAGCCCGGCCACCGCACGUUCCCCGCAGAUCCCUAUGUCGGUGGCCACUACGCUCCCCCGUGGUGGGCACGAGGGCCUUCACCCGGCAUCCUACUCAUAUCGCGGAGGAGAAGGUCCGGCGGGGGUUUCCGGGGUGUCGUUGUACGUCCACGGUCGUCGUGGUAGCGAACAACAUGGGUGGGGGCGAUUCAUCCGUUUCCUGGCGCUAAUCCACUCAGUCAUAGCGCUGGUCAAUCACAGAUUUCUACGGAAUUUGAAGCUAUGGAGAAUAUGAUUGAUCUCAAUUCUCAUUUUCCUCAGCUCCUGUUUAAUUGAUGGCUUAUUGUCCUCUAAAGCAUGCAGUUCCUCAACACAAGGAAUGCUCAUCAAGAAAAUAAUUGCUGUCAAUUUCAACCUUUAAGGGAAUGCAAUUCGUGGGUCGAAUCGUGCUUUCCUGUCCUUUAGUCUCAUUUUGACUGCGUAAAGUAAGUCUGACCAUGAUCAAGUGGUUCGUCUUCGGCUUCAUUGAAUUGGAUGACGUGGACUUGGGCCCAGCCCAGUUACGACCUUUACAUCGAGACGCCGACACAGGUUAAACCGGUACCGAACUCAGUUGUCGCAGUCCGAUAUAAAACGCGGAUCUGGUCAAAACCACCGCCCUGGUGCCUUGCCCAGGGCACGAGCACUAAUCGACGGCGAUUACGUCUCUUAUAUUUUGAUCUGACGGUAAAUAUCAAACCUGGCAUCGAAUCCGCCCUCCCUAUUUAAACCCUUCAUCGCCCUUCAUCGCACCGCCCACCACCCACCCCCCCCCCCCCCCCCCCCCGCGAGAUCUCCUUCUUCUCUCCUUGCUUGCCUCGCCCGCCGUCCUCAUCGAAACGGCGGCGACGAUGCAACCGGUGGCUGGAGUCGAUCCGCGGCGCACCCCGUCGCCCCAGCCUUGGACGGCGGUGCGGUACCCGGCACCGGCGAUGGUGAUGCAGCACCCUAUGAUGGCGCCACCGCCGCCGCCACCGUCAUACGGGCAUCCCUUCGUUCCCUCCCCCCAUCCCCCGACGUCUCCGCCUCAGCCGCCGUCGAUAUCGAACCGCCACCAGCAGGGCGAGGAGGCGGCGGCGGAGGACGAGAAGCGGACGAUCUGGGUGGGGGAUCUCCAGUACUGGAUGGACGAAAACUACCUCCUCGGCUGCUUCGUCCAUGCCGGUGAGGUUGUCUCCAUAAAGGUUAUUCGCAAUAAGCAGACUGGACAAUCAGAGGGUUAUGGGUUUGUUGAGUUCCACUCACAUGCAACGGCUGAAAAAAUACUUCAGAGCUUCAGCGGUCAUCUGAUGCCUAACACAGAUCUGCCAUUUCGGUUAAAUUGGGCACCAUUUAGCAUGGGAAAUAAGCGUUCAGGUCUUACUUUCGAUCACUCUAUUUUUGUAGGUGAUUUAGCUUCUGAUGUUACUGAUGCAAUUUUGCAUGAAACUUUUACUACUAAGUACCCAUCAGUAAAAGGUGCAAACGUUGUUAUUGAUGCUAAUACUGGUCGUUCAAAAGGUUAUGGGUUUGUAAGAUUUGGAGAUGAGAAUGAUAAAAAAGUUGCUAUCACCGAGAUGAAUGGUGUUUAUUGUUCUUCUAGGCCCAUGCGUAUUGGCCUUGUUACACCUAGAAAGUCUUCUGGUGGUCUUGGACCUGAUGGUGCAUCAGCAACCGGCUCCCAGUCAGAUAAAGAUUCAGCUAAGACAACAGUAUUUGUUGGAGGGCUUGAUCCAGAAGUCAGUGAAGAUGAUCUGAAAGAAGCCUUUUCAUAGUAUGGAGAAAUCACCUCUGUUAAAAUUCCAGUUGGAAAACAAUGUGGUUUUGUUCUUUUUUCCCAUAGAAAUAAUGCUGAAGAAGCAUUGCAACAGUUAAAUGGUACAAUUAUUGGCAAGCAAAUAGUGCGUCUAUCCUGGGGUCACAACCCUGCUAGGCAGAGAUGAAGGAAGCAGAUUGGAGCAGCUCUUGAAAGGAAAACGUAUCCAGUACCAAGUGGCAUGAAGCUUCUUAUGAUUGGGAACAGCCAUGUCCGAGAACCAUAUAUAAAGCGUCAUCAUUUCCGCUGCCCAGACUUGAAGAUUCCAGCUGCUCUCAACUUGCUCUCUGCAGCCCUACUGACCACAUGAAACAAAGUGGGGUUGACGCUCCAGGCUUCAGCUCAUGGAGGUUGCCGGCUACCGAACCUCCGCAACUUUCAAGGAUCAUGCGUUCUUCGACUGCUCAUCUUGUUUGUGUUCUGCAGAUGCAUCGCUAGCCUUGUUGGGCACAGGCAGACAUGCUGAAUUAGCACAGGAUUGCAGUAUCAUCUAAGUGCAGACGAUCCUCAAGUUGAUCAGAACUUUUAUGAUUGUGAUGAGCUGAGCUUCUGAUUACCCCUGCUAGGUUUCUGUGUGAAGUAAUGAUAGAAAGAAAGAAGAACUUUUGUUUUCUUUUUCCUUUUGAUUUUUUGAUUUCUAAUAUUGCGUCAACAGUCCCUGUUCUUGUUUUAAGUUGGCGUUGGUGGCUGAUGGAGCCUCACUUUGUUGAACAUGAUGAUUGGUAGUCAUGUUUGGUGAUCGCAUCUGCUUC